AUGAAGGCACAAAAAAAUAAGUUCAAUUUGCAAAAGGAACUAGAAAAACUUGAUAUAAAUCAUCGUCUAUUUAAACAUGUUACAAUCUAAUAAAUGAAAAAGAAUUUAAGAGAAAUUCAAUUUUUAAGAAUAUGA